ACAACAACCAUGUCUACGACAACAGCUGCAACAACAUUUACAACAACUCCUCCAGUCGUUCGUCAAUACCUGCUUUCCUUUGAGCUGAAAACCAAAGAUGUCAGAGCUGUAGAGCAGUUGAGAAACUUCAACUACACCAUCAGCACCAACAGUCUGAUACAGAUCACUGGUGUUAACAUCUCUACAGUGUGCUCCCCCAAUAACACAACCUACCAGUGCAGAUGUGAGGAUCAGUAUGGCUGGCCUUGUGACAUGUGCUCCACUUUUGGCAAAUGCAGCAACAUUCUGGACAAUACCUGUGGAUGUAUCAAUGCACUUCCUCCAAAUAACACUUACUGCCAGCCACUAUCAGAUCUUGACUCCUGCCCAACACAACCACCAACAACUGAGCCAACUGUUACAACACCUCUGAUAAUUACAUCAGUAAACAUUACAAAUGCAACUGCAGUCACAGCAGUUCCCACAACAACCAUGUCUACGACAACAGCUGCAACAACAUUUACAACAACUCCUCCAGUCGUUCGUCAAUACCUGCUUUCCUUUGAGCUGAAAACCAAAGAUGUCAGAGCUGUAGAGCAGUUGAGAAACUUCAACUACACCAUCAGCACCAACAGUCUGAUACAGAUCACUGGUGUUAACAUCUCUACAGUGUGCUCCCCCAAUAACACAACCUACCAGUGCAGAUGUGAGGAUCAGUAUGGCUGGCCUUGUGACAUGUGCUCCACUUUUGGCAAAUGCAGCAACAUUCUGGACAAUACCUGUGGAUGUAUCAAUGCACUUCCUCCAAAUAACACUUACUGCCAGCCACUAUCAGAUCUUGACUCCUGCCCAACACAACCACCAACAACUGAGCCAACUGUUACAACACCUCUGAUCAUUACAUCAGUAAACAUUACAAAUGCAACUGCAGUCACAACUCCUCCAGUCGUUCGUCAAUACCUGCUUUCCUUUGAGCUGAAAACCAAAGAUGUCAGAGCUGUAGAGCAGUUGAGAAACUUCAACUACACCAUCAGCACCAACAGUCUGAUACAGAUCACUGGUGUUAACAUCUCUACAGUGUGCUCCCCCAAUAACACAACCUACCAGUGCAGAUGUGAGGAUCAGUAUAAGUGUGACGCCCCAAAGUACAACAGUGAACACAACUACCCCAGUUUCUUCAACUAUACUCCGGACAACAAACAACGCCACCGUUCUCUUGCCGGCAACUAA